GAGAGCCGCGGCACGUAUAUAAGACACGCCGCGGCGACCACAGUCACAAGUCUUCGUCCAGCUGACACAAUGAACGCAAAGGUGCUGCUCAUCCUGGCCGUGGUGGCCGCCGCCUACGCCGACAAGCCUCAGCCCCAGACCGGCUACGGCGUUCCGGACUCCCGCUCCUUCGAGGACUCGUUCGAGGAUGCCAAGUACGAGUUCGAGUGGUCCGUGAAGGACGACUCCUCCGGCAACGACUUCGGCCAACAGGAGGCCCGUGACGGAGACAACACCCGGGGGUCGUACUACGUGCAGCUGCCCGACGGCCGCCUGCAGAAGGUGCAGUACUUCGUGGACGGCGACUCUGGCUACCAGGCCGAGGUCAACUACGAGGGCGAGGCCCGCUACCCCGACUCUCGUUCCCGCGAGUCCCAGUCCCGCGAGUCCUACGGCCCCCCCAGGCCCACCUACUCCGCCCCCUAAGCGGCGACACUCCUCAACGCUGACGACGGUGCAACGAAAGUGACGAGACGCUUGCCGGAAUAAUUUAUCGAUCGAUAAUUUAUUGCUUGUAUAUUUAUUGCUAUAGUGUAUAGUGUAUCGAGAGUAUUUUGUAUGAAUAAAUAUUUAUAGUUACUUAUAAAGAGUUAAGUUUUA